GGCUCGGCACCAUGAGCAGCGCGGUGCUGCGACGGAACUCCAGCAAACAGGGCCUGCAGAACCUCAUCAGGCUGACGGCACAGUGGAGCGUGGAGGAUGAGGAGGAAGCAGCACGAGAGAGGAGGCGGCGGGAGCGCGAGAAGCAGCUGAGGUCCCAGGCAGAGGAGGGCUUCAAUGGCACUGGCUCCUGCAUGGAGAGUGCAGGUUCAGCACAGGAAAACCACUAUGACUUUAAGCCCUCUGGGACCUCAGAAUUGGAAGAGGACGAGGGGUUCAGCGACUGGUCCCAAAAGCUGGAGCAGCGCAAGCAGAGAUCUCCGCAACAGUCGUACGAAGAAGAGGAUAGCAGUGUGAGGGAAGCAGAGAUCAAACUGGAGCAGAUUCAGCUGGACCGGGAGGGCCCGGAGGAGGUCCAGGAGGAGAAUGUGGUUGUUAGGGAGGAAGAGAGGCUGUGCCAGGAGGAAGAACAUGUCCCAGAGCAGCAUGAGGAGGAGGAAGAAAGAGUCAAGCAGGAGGAGAAGAAGAGAAGGAGAAACGAAGAAGAAGAAACCCCAGAAAAACGCCCGAGGGCCCCAAGCCCCACCAGCUUGGAUGAGGAGGAGCUGUGCUCAGACCACACUGCAGUGUGCUCCACCAAGAUCACAGACAGAACUGAGUCUCUGAACCGUUCAAUAAAGAAAAGUAACAGCAUAAAGAAGUCCCAGCCUCCCCUGCCUGUGUCAAAGAUAGAUGACAGACUGGAGCAAUACACGCAAGCCAUUGAGACAUCCACAAAGGCACCAAAGCCUGUCCGACAGCCCUCUCUUGACCUUCCCACCACCAGCAUGAUGGUAGCCAGCACAAAAAGCCUAUGGGAGACUGGAGAGGUUGCUGCCCAAUCUGCAGUGAAGACCCCAGCUUGCAAGGAUAUCGUGGCUGGAGACAUUGUGAAUAUAAGAAGCCUUUGGGAACAGAAGGGUGGUCCCAAACCUGAGACCAGUAUCAAGCCCACUCCUCCUGGCAAGAAGUACAAGUUUGUUGCGAUGGGCCAUGGCCAGUACAAGAAAGUAUUGAUAGAUGAUGCUGCAGAGCAGUAGCAUGCCUGGAGAACCCAUUAACCAGGUAGGUAGGUUAUGACCUUGCAA